CCUGCGCGGAGGCCGGCCGGGCGAGCCGCGCUCCCAUUGGUGGGCGGGCGGUGGCGCGGAUUGGCGGGGGGGCGCGCGCGGCGCGGCGCGGCGGAAGAUGGCGGCGCUGGCGCCGGAGCUGCUGGUGCUGAGCGACGCGGGGCGGUUCCGGGCCGACAACCUGCUGGGGGCCGAGGACUGGGAUGCCGCUCUCUACAGUUGCCUCGAUGACAGGCUGGAGCCCGCCCACCUCUUCCCGUCCCUGGACCCCAACCCCAUGUUCGACUGUGCCUUUGAUGGGGGUGAGGCCGCCAGCCCUCCCGACCCCCCGUGGGACCAGGAGCCCCCCAGCCUCUUCCCUGUCGUGUGCUCUUGCUGCUCCCCAGACCUGCAGGUGAAGUCAGAGCCGGGGUCCCCCACCUUGUCCCACUGCUCCGACUCCUCUGGCCUCUCCUCUGCCUCCGAGCCCCUGGCCUGGGCCCCCAGCCCCCCCGAACUGCGGGUGAAGACAGAGCCGACCCCGCCGCUGCCCUGCACCCCCCCUGAUGCCACAGGGAAGGCACCGCGGGCCGUAAAGGCAGAGGGGGUCCCCCCCAGCCGCCGGACACCCCCCAUCCAGCCCAAGCCCCCUGGGGGGGCCACUGGGCCCGGGGGGGCUGCCCCAAGCACCCCCCAGACUAUCCUGCUGCAGCCGCUGCCUGGAGCUGCCCCCUCUCUGCCCACAGCCAUCACUGUGCCGGCCCCUGCGGUGCUACUGUCGCCGGCCGAGCUGCUGCUGCCGGGGCUCCUGUGCCUGCCCCACUCCGGCCGGGGGCCCCCCCGCACCCCACCCGGCCCCCCCAAGCCCGAGGCCAAGACCAUCGUCCCGGCCCCUGCUCCCACUCCUCCUGGUCCCCAGGAGGUUGACGCAAAGGUGCUGAAGCGGCAGCAGCGGAUGAUCAAGAAUCGGGAGUCGGCAUGCCAGUCGCGGCGCCGGCGCAAAGAGUAUGUGCAGGGGCUGGAGGAGCGGCUGCGCCAGGCCCUGGCCGACAACGACCGCCUGCGCCGCGAGAACGGGCUCCUGCGCCGCCGCCUCGACGCCCUCCUGGGCCAGAGCUCGGAGCUGCGUCCCGUCCCGGGCCCCCGCAAGCUGGCCUGCCUCGCCGCCCUCCUCCUCUUCCUCGCCUUCAACCUGGGCCCCCUCAGCCUCUCGCAGCCGCCCCCCACCGAACCCCGGCGCCAGCCCCCGCCGCGGGGCCGCCGGCACCUCCUGGGGGUGGCUGAGGGGGGGCCCCCUGCCACCGACCUUCCCCAGACGUGGGGCCCCCCGCCAGGGCCACGCCAGGAGCCCGCUCCCCCCGGCAGGACCCCCUUCAGGAACGCUUCUCUGGGCGCGGUGACACUGCGGGAGCUGGACGGGCUGUUCCGGGCGUCUGACUGUCGUCACUUCAACCGCACCGAGUCCCUGCGGCUGGCGGAUGAGCUCAGCGGAUGGGUCCGGCGCCACCAGAUCGACCGACGGAAACCUGGGUCCCCCCCCCGGCCCCCCCGCAGCCAGUUUCAGGCUUCACCCCCCUGGAAGGCGCCGGCCUCCUCCCGCCUCGUCCCAGCUGCCCCCCCCCCACCCUGGGCCCCCCUGGGGCAGCUCCAGCUCUAUCGCCCCGACCGGGCUGAACCCCAUUUCCUGGCCGCCAUUGACCGCCGCGAGGACACUUUCUAUGUCGUCUCCUUCCGUCGGGACCACCUGCUGCUGCCAGCCAUCAGCCACAACAAGACAUCGCGGCCAAAGAUGUCCCUGGUGAUGCCAGCGGCCGCCCUCAACGAGAGCCUGUCAGGGCGUGGGGGGGGCCUGGAGGCUAUGAUGCAGGUGGACUGCGAGGUGAUGGACACGCGCGUCAUCCACGUCCGCCGCCGGCCCCCCCCUGCCAACCGCAGCCGGGCGCCUGCCCCCCCCCCGCGGCCCCCGCCGCCCCCGCACCCUCUACCUGGGGGCUGGCAGGUAGCCCCGCCCCCCCCAGCGGCAGGCCCCGCCCCCCCACCCCGGGGCAAAGCACUGUCCGUGGGAACCGCCCCAGGGCCAGGGAUCAAGCUCCGCCCACUGUGGGGACGCUGAGCCACGCCCAUGGAACAAGCCCCGCCUCUACGGGGAUGAGCCCCACAUGCAAGGGAUCAAGCUCCGCCCACCGAUGUGCAAGCCCCGCCUCUAUGGGCAGCAGCCCCACCCUCUGGGCAAGCCCCGCCCCAUUUGAGGCCCCGCCCUCUGCAAGCACUUACCCCAGGGAGCCCCGCCCCCUAUUCUCCCUGAAAGGGGCAGGGGCUUCGCUCAGGCAACACCCCCCCCCCGGGGCCGUUUUCUACCCGGAUUAAUAACAAAUGGGAAAAAUAAAAA